GCACUAGAUUUCCACCGAGUUUACAACUGUAAAGCAGACACUUCUAUGAAGUAUGCGUCAACUGCAAGCUAAUUGAGUAAGAGUUAGGAUAUUUUAGCAACAUGCCCAGUCUACCCAGUGAACAUGGAGUGAAGGAAUCCUCUCGGGCAGCAGUAGAGGCUAGCCGAAAUGCACCGCUGCGGAGAAGGCGCCCGGCAGCAGGGACUACCGUGGAUGCGGGGACGCUGCAGUUCAACGACAUGCCGGAUUACUUACAAGAUAAUGAGUUUAUCAAAUCAUACUACCGCAAUCCCAAAAUGCCCUUCAAACAGACGUUAGGGUCGCUCUUCGGCAUCCACAACGAGACGGGAAAUGUGUGGACGCACUUGCUGGGCUUCCUGCUUUUCGCUGGGCUAACAUUCUACGUCAUCGCAAUGCCCCCCAUGCCGCUCGCGCUUGGCAAGCGGCAGAUAGACCACCUCUGGCUCUCCGUGCGGGGUCGCGUGCACGGCCUUACCGACCAAUUGCACAACCUGCAAGGUCGGCUGCCGCAUUUAACCGGCAUAGCCAACUUGCACCAGCUGCAAGAAAGCCUAGACACUCUCGUCCACAACGUAGACUCGCUAGUCCAUGACGUUCAGGAGGAAGUCCACCAGGCGGCCCAAGCGCUGCACAACCGCGUGCACAGCCUCAGCGACAACAUCCAUCAUGCGCGAGAGCGCCUCAAUGACGCACUCCGAGAAGCCCUAUCCGACGUCCUCUUAUGGCCGAUACCCCGAUGGCCUGUUUACGUCUUUAUGGCUGGAGCUAUGACCUGCCUAUUCCUCUCAGCCGUGUGCCACCUCUUCGGCUGUUGCUCCAAGCAUCUCGCGCAAAUCAUCUGGCGGUUUGACUACGCCGGCAUAGCCAUUCUCAUCGUCGCCUCCUUCUACCCUCCCGUCUACUACGAGUUCCUGUGCCAGCCCUACUGGCGCAUCUUCUACCUCACCACCACAACCCUCAUGGGCGCCGGCGCGGUUGCCGUGUCGCUGCUGGACGUGUUCCAACGCGCCGAGUGGCGCGCCUUCCGCGCCGGCAUGUUCGCAGCGCUGGGCGGGUGGGGCGCGGUGCCGCUGCUGCACGCAUGUGUGGCGCUGCGGGAGGUGGCGGCGGUGCGGCAGGCGACCGCGCUGGACGCACUCAUGGGGGCGCUGUACCUGGCCGGCGCCCUCAUCUACGCCACCCGUGUGCCCGAGCGCUGGCUGCCGGGCCGCUUCGACGUGUGGCUUCACGGCCACCAGAUCUUCCACAUCCUCAUCGUGGUGGCGGCACUGGUGCACUGGCAGGCGGUGAUGCGGCUGCUGGCGUGGAGGGAGGCCAGCGGGGGGUGUGCGGGGGGGCUGGCGGGGAUGGGGGGGAUGGGGAUGGGGGGCAUGGGUUUGCAGGAGGUGCAGGGGAUGGGCAUGGGGGAAGGCAGGGCGGGAGAGGAUGCGAUGGCGGCUGCGGGUUUCUUAGGGCCGGGAGGAGGAGGAGGCAUGGGAGGAGAAGGCGGCGCCGCAGCGGCAGGAGGCGGGGCAGGAGGACAUGAACCGCUGUUGAUAGAGCAGGUGUGGGAGCGGCUCCAUGCCUACACGGCGGAGUAUCUGGGGGCCCUGGCAGCCCGGGGGGAGGCCGGAGCAGCAGCAGCAGCAGGAGGUGGUGGAGGAGCGGGACCAGGACCGGCGCCCAACAUGCAGCUGUAGCCGCGUAUGCACGUGUAUCCUCGAUUGCUGCGGCGGCAACUGCCACGCCCCAGCAGCAGUUGCUAUGAUGUUCGCGCCGGCUGCUGUUGCACGGAGGUGUCUUAAUGAACAGGCAGUUUCGCUGCGUCUGUGGUGGACGUGGUUGGGUUUUGUUAAACAGGAGGAACGCUGUGGUCUGUGCAAUCAGAACAUUUGUCGUCUGGAGUUGUUGUGUUGCGAGAGGCGGUGUGCAGGAAUGCUGUGCCGGCGCGCUUGAUACGGUAUCAGGACCCUUGAUACGGUAUCAGGGCCCUCUUCCCUUCUGUGUGUGUUUCCUUUCGCGAAAGAUGAGCUUCGCCUUCAUUUAGUGAACGAGUGUGGUCGGAUGAUAGUGCUAUUGUUUUUGCGUUGUGUGUGUUUGUCAAAAUGUUUGUCAGUGUUUUGUGGCGCGCACAGAUGCCAUUCAAAGCCUGUUGUUCAAUUGUUGUUGGUGUUAAAGGCGUGGAAGAAAGGAUAGAUUACGUGGAAGAAGGAUAUAGAUUGCGUGCUGCAUGCAUUUCGUCUUGGUGUUUGUUGUUGGUGGUUGCAUGUCAGGGGUGUUUGUAUCCGGGUAAUGUGUGAACCCAGGCUGAUGACCCAUGGGUCGUUUGCGCCCUCCGCUGCGUUUUCUUCAUCCUCCUCAGCACAUACCACGCGGGACACCGCGUUUUAAAGGCCCGAACGACUGUGUUAUCUAUGUGUAAAGGACGAGGUAUGUAAUAGGAUUUUGAUUGGUGGAAUGGUGGUGUUUGGCCUGUUAUGUUAUGAUGCACUUUGCAUGGGGGAGGCCCAUGCUGUUAGGUGCCGUCAUGCUCCGAUUGGCGCGCAAGCACAAUGCGAGCAGAGCAGAGGGAGGCAUCCGCUCUUCUGUCAGGACCGGUAAAGGGCGCCGCCGCCGGCUGCUACUUUGAGCUGCCCUGGGCUGGG